GGUAUUUACAUUGCGCAUGCGUGCAAAACAGCUGCUGUCAUGAGACGUUUGGCAGACUCGUCGUUGUAGUAGUGAGUUAGUUAGUGUCUUUUGGGACGUUAAAAUGGUGCGUUUAAAUUUGUUUUUUGCUUUGUUGUGUUUGUCAGUCUCCGCAAACGGCCAUCAAGAACCAAUUCAGGCAUUCGUCAUCCCUCACAGCCAUAUGGACGUGGGCUGGGUGUACACGGUUCAGGAGAGCAUGCACGCCUACGCCUCCAAUGUGUACACCACUGUGGUGGAGGAGCUUUCACGAGUGAAGGGUCGCAGGUUCAUCGCAGUUGAGCAGGAGUUCUUCAGGCUGUGGUGGGACACAGCAGCUUCACAGUGGCAUAAGAAACAGGUGAGGCAGCUUCUGCAGGAGGGCCGUCUGGAGUUUAUUAUUGGAGGUCAGGUGAUGCACGAUGAAUCAGUGACAGAUAUUGAUGACGCCAUUCUUCAGCUAACAGAAGGACAUGGCUUCUUGUAUGAAACCUUUGGUGUCAGGCCUCAUUUCUCCUGGCAUGUCGACCCCUUUGGCGCCUCUGCUACAACUCCAGUUCUUUUCGCUCUGGCUGGAUUUGAUGCUCACCUGAUCUCACGCAUUGACUAUGACCUCAAAGAUGUCAUGCAGAAGAAAAAGAAACUGCAGUUUGUUUGGAGGGGGUCACCCUCUCUAGCGGACACUCAGGAGAUUUUCACACACACCAUGGACCAAUACAGUUAUUGCACCCCAUCAUACAUCCCCUUCUCAAACAGAUCAGGAUUUUAUUGGAAUGGAGUUGCUAUGUUUCCAGACCCACCUAAAGAUGGAGUUUACCCUAACAUGAGCCUACCAGUCACAAAAGAAACUGUGGAGCCCUAUGCCCAGACAAUGGUGGACAACAUCAAACAGAGGGCCCAAUGGUUUCAGACCAACCAUGUUCUUUGGCCUUGGGGUUGCGACAAGCAGUUCUACAAUGCUUCAGUGCAGUUCACAAAUAUGGACAUGUUGAUGAACUACAUCAAUAAACACAGCACUGAGUUUGGAGUGACUGUUCAGUAUGCUACUCUUAAAGAAUACUUUCAAGCUGUACACCAGUCAAAUCUGUCUUGGGAGGUGAGGGGGAGCCAGGACUUCCUCCCUUAUUCUACUGAACCAUUCCAGGCAUGGACAGGAUUCUAUGCCUCCAGAAAUGUUCUUAAAGGUGUGGCAAGAAGAGCCAGUUCCCUCCUUCAUUCUGCAGAGUCCUUGUUCGUUAGGUACCGGAUCAAAUAUCCAGAAGGUCCUGUCCAGAAAGAAUGGGCCCUGGACAAGCUCAAGGCUCUCAGAUGGGCGGUCUCUGAGGUUCAACAUCACGAUGCAAUAACAGGUACGGAAUCCCCUAAAGUGGCUGAUAUGUACAUGGAGCACCUCAAUCAAAGUAUGAUGGGAGUACAAGAGCUCUUGGCAGCCAUGUUUCUUCUCCCUCAGGACCCUGACACUGCUAGUGCCAAGUAUAGAUCUAACACAAAGGAUGAACAGCCUUCCAAGGACCUUGAGCAGCAUAUUAUUGUGUACAACCCACUGGCCUGGAACGUUACAACAUACAUCAAUGUUUCUGUUAAAUAUUCGAUGGCACUUGUUUACGAUGAUAAUGGGAAAGUUGUUCCUGCUCAGAUCCAGCCUUCAGCAGAGUCGCCAGCUGACUAUGACCUUUUCAUAAUGGUGGAAUUGGGUGGACUUCAGUACAGAAAAUAUCUCAUCCAGUUCCCCCAGUCAGAGUGUAAGAAAGGUUCCAGCUGUGGGAUCACUCACGCAGCCAGAGUGGUGAAGUUUGAGAGACGUGACGUUAGUGAAUGGAAGAAGAGGGGUAGAAAAUUGUUGCCUGUGCUAAACGAUUGCUACAAACUGCUGUUUGACCAGGAGACUAACCUACUACACAGUAUUACAAAUAGACUUGAAGGCCAAAAGGUCAUAAUUCACCAAGAUUUCUGGGAAUAUGAUGCCAAUGGAGAUGUGCAUGCAGGACCUAUCUCAGACAACUAUAUCUUCACAGCCAAUGGGUCUGCAGUUCCUGCCUACAAAUCUGUUGAAAUGGAGAUAAUUCCAGGAAAAAUCAUUUCUGAGGUCCGGCAAUAUUUUUACAGGGAAGCCUCUGAUAAGAACUACACUUACGCCAUGGUCACCCGCGUUCCAGUGGGAUUCAAAGACAAGUUACUGUGUCAAAGGCUGGAUCAGAGCUAUGCACUGGGCCCCCUAGUGGUGAAUAGAGAAGCUGUGCUCAGGACCACAACUAGUCUGAGCAACAAAAAGACGUUAUACACCGACAACAAUGGCUAUCAGAUGCUGAAGAGGGAGCAUAAACAGUAUAUCAAUAAUACAGUGUCUCGAAACUACUACCCAAUGGUGCGACAAGCCUUUAUUGAAGAUGAAGACUCCUGCAGGCUGUCUUUACUCAGUGAGAGAGCACAUGGAGUGGCAAGUCUCGCAGAGGGCGAGAUUGAGGUGAUGCUUCAUAGACGACUAUGGAACAACCAAGAGUGGAAUCGUGGGUAUAACCUAACUCUGAACGAUUCCUCUGUGGUUCGACCCUCUAUUUGGAUGAUGCUGGGCUCUUCUGCUGCAGUGGCAGCCCUCAGUCAGCAGGGGGCUCUAUAUCUACAGCACAGACCUGUGGUCCUGCCCAUUGACAAACCUCAGAAACCAUGGAGUGAACAUGAAAGGUGGAACGGGCCCAGUGUUCAACCUGUGGUUUUGCCUCCAAAUCUCCACAUGCAGUACCUCGGUAUCCCUGGAUGGGACUACGGUCCCAAUCACACACAGCACCUUCAGAACAUCAAUUCAGGUGUAAAAACAAAUCCUGAAGCAGACUUUGACCGUGUUCUUUUGAGGAUUGCUCACCUGUAUGAAAAAGGAGAGGACCCUGUUCUGUCUAAACCAGCCACCAUAAACCUAAAGGAAAUCCUGCAAGGAUUAGGUGAAGUGAAGGCAGUGCAGGAACGUUCCCUCACAGGAACGUGGGAUAUCUCAGAUCUACAGAGAUGGAGCUGGAGGACCACUGAGAAAACAGGCAAUAAAAAGACCUCCAGCUCCUCCAGACGUGUGACCAUGGACUUUAAUGUGACCAUUUCACCUAAAGAGAUCAGAACCUUCUUCAUUCACUUUUAAGAGUCACAUUUGUACACAUCACUUCACUUACGUUUUUAUAGUAUGAAUUUCCUGCUGAACGAAUCAUACAAUAUGAAAGAAAUAUUUUUUGGUUUGACAGUUUUCCCAAACCUUAAAAAACAUCUGGUAUAUUAUCUGUAAACCUAAAGCCUGAAGUACAGUUAUUUACACUUUGUUCACUUCUCUUUGCACUAAUGUUGGUGAACGUUGGUUAAAAUGCCUUAAAUCUUAAACGCUGUGUUGUAACCUUAAUGAAUUUUUGUCUUGUCUAUCUGUGUCACCGAAAUUUUUUUCUGUUGAAAAUCAUUUGCCAAAUCUAAGCAAGCAGCACUAUUGUUGAUUGUAGUUUCAGGUAUAUAUAUAUUUGUUUGUUUGUUUGUUUUUUAAGAAGAGUUCUUGUGUUUGUUGUGAUUAGACAUCAGUUCUCUGUCUUCUGUGAAGACCAUAUGUGGAUGCCGACCAUUAUGGAUAAUGCAUUUAUUUAGAAUUUGUGAAGAUUCAACCAUGUAAACAUUAUGGAUUUCGAAAUUUAAAUAAAAGUACAUUUUUGGA